CCGGCUAUUAGUCAUAAAUAGAUCAAAUAUAAAUCUGACCCAACUCCAUCAAGGUCUGGACUCUGCAGCUGUGCCUCCUGAAGAAAGAAGAGCACAAUGGCGAGACUCCUCACCGCACUGGGUGUUCUGCUCACUCUGCACAUGGUUUCAUCCAAUAUGCUGGUGUGCCAUGUGACCAACUGGGCCCAGUACAGACCCAGCAGUGCCAAAUUCACCACAGACAACAUUGACCCCUUCCUGUGCACCCACGUCAUCUAUUCUCUGGCCACCAUCAACAGCUUCAACCAGAUCAGCGCCGUCGAGUGGAAUGAUGAGCAGCAGUAUGGGAGACUACAAAGCCUGAAGAAUGUCAAUCCUGCACUGAAGACUCUGCUGUCAGUCGGAGGAACAAACAAUGGAAUAAGCCCAUUCAUCGCCAUGGUCACCAAACCCGAGAGUCGUGCAGUCUUCAUCAAAUCUGCGAUCAGCUUCCUGCGCACCAAUAAUUUUGAUGGGCUAAACCUGGCCUGGGAAUAUCCAGGACACAAUGGCAGCCCGCAGGAGGACAAGGAGCGGUUCACCCAGCUGGUCAUGGAGCUGGCCAAGGCAUUUGAAGCUGAUGCCAAAGACAACAGGAAGACUAAGCUGAUGCUGUCAGCCAACGUUGCUGCAUUACGUCCCACCAUUGACGGAGCGUAUGAAGUCAGCAAGAUUGUACCUCAUUUAGACUUCAUCAAUGUCAUGACCUAUGACUACCACGGACACUGGGAGGCAGCGACCGGACACAACAGCCCGUUGUUCAUCAGCUCUGUGGACUCUGGCUCACAUAUUCAUCACAAUAUCAACUCCUCUGUAUCCCACUGGUUGCUGCUGGGAGCACCAGCUGAGAAGUUGCUGUUGGGUUUCCCCACCUUUGGGCGAACGUACCAUCUUAGCACCGCUGCUACCAGCCUGGGAGCACCAGCCGAUGGCCCUGCAGCUGCCGGCCCCUACACUCGCACUCCCGGCUUUUGGGCCUUCUACGAGAUCUGUAACUUCAUCUCCGGUGCUACAGUGGAAUGGAUCUCUGAGCAGGAAGUUCCAUAUGCUGUCUCUGGCUCUUCCUGGUUGGGCUAUGAUGACCUACGCAGCUUUUCUUCCAAGGUCCAGUGGAUGACUGCCUACAACCUGGGAGGUGCUCAUGUGUGGACCCUGGACAUGGAUGACUUUGGUGGAUCGUUCUGUUCAGAGGGGGCGUAUCCCCUUGUCAACCAUCUCAGAAUUUCUAUGGGCUUCCCCCCAAAGCCCACCACAACUCCAGCCCCCACCACUACCAGGGACCCCGUGGCUAACUUCUGCCGGGGCCUCCCCAAUGGCCUUUAUGAGAACUCUGCUGAUAAGACCACCUACUUCCAGUGCUUCCAGGGAAACACAUACCUGCACCACUGUCAGUCCGGUCUCAUCUACUGGGACUCCUGCAAGUGCUGCAACUGGCCCUGAGCCACAGAAACAUGAACCGCAAGCUAGAGUCCAUGAAUCUAUAAGACAUCAAAUUCUGUCUCAAUAAAAUCUUUUCACCUUU